CUCAAUUUACGCUCUUACCUCUUCACUCUCUCUGCCAUAGAAGAAAAAAAAAAAAAGAAGGGAAAUUUCUUGGACCAAAUUUUCCGGCAAGGUCGAAAAAAGUCCCAGAAAGACAAAUAACUGAAUAGAAACAGACACGGGAUAUUUUUCUUUUCUGAAGAUCUGCAUUUCCAAUCUUUGGGUGUGAGGUGACAUUUAUCAUUAUCUGCUAAGAUGAGUCUGAGUAAUGGGAAGGUUCACCAAGUGACAGUGACUAAUAAUGGAGGAGAUGUGAAGAAACCCUUCAAGAUCUUUGUGGGCUAUGAUACAAAGGAAGAUCUUGCCUAUGAGGUCUGUCGGCAUUCCAUCUUGAAGCGGUCCUCGAUCCCUGUUGAGAUCAUUCCAAUCAAACAGUCAGAUCUGAGAAAGAGUGGUUUAUAUUGGCGUGAAAGAGGCCAAUUGGAGAGCACCGAGUUCUCGUUUUCUCGAUUCCUGACACCUUGCUUGGCCAAUUAUGAGGGUUGGGCAUUGUUUGUGGAUUGUGAUUUUCUGUACUUGGCAGACUUUAAGGAAUUGACGGACUUGAUCGAUGAUAAAUACGCAAUUAUGUGUGUUCAGCAUGACUAUGCCCCAAAAGAGACAACAAAAAUGGAUGGGGCAGUGCAGACAGUGUAUCCAAGGAAGAAUUGGUCUUCCAUGGUGUUGUACAAUUGCGGGCAUCCAAAGAACAAGAUCUUGACGCCUGAGGUUGUGAAUAAGGGAUCUGGUGCCUAUCUUCAUAGGUUUCAAUGGCUUGAGGAUGAGGAAAUUGGAUCAAUCCCAUUUGUUUGGAAUUUCCUCGAGGGCCAUAACAAGGUAGUGGAGAAUGAUUCCACAACUUUCCCUAAGGCGAUACACUAUACUCGCGGAGGGCCAUGGUUUGAGGCUUGGAAGAAUUGUGAGUUUGCAGACCUGUGGUUGAAUGAAAUGGAGGAGUACAUGAAGGAAGGGAAGAAGAAAAUUGAAGAGUAGAUUGAAUCAGGAGGUGACAUAAUACCAUUAAACAUUCUAGAAUUUUACUGAAGUAUUUGCUGUUAUGCUUUAUUCUUUAUGUUGAAUUUAUAAUGUGAAAUCAAGAGCUGAUGUUGAUUUCAUGGAGAGUAGAACCGUAGGCAUUGCAGGCAUAUAUGUAAUGCUUUAGUGGUAUUUCUUUGCAUUAGUUAUUACAUAGGUGUUGCCGGCAUUUAUAUAUGCCGUAAUAUAUGUCUGAUUGAUUUUUCUGUUGAAGUACCACAUUGUCUGUAAGUUGUAACCUUCAGCUUCUUAUGCAAUAGAAUUGAUUUAUUCAUCA